CACGUGGGUUAUGUUUGCGUCUGUGCUGCUACUGUUAGGUGCUGUGGUGGAGAUGUACGUUUAACGUGUGUUGUAGAAACAAGUUUCGUUAAAAUCCUUUAGUUUUGUAUAACGUGGUUACACUGUUAUGCUGCUUAUGAGAAGAUGCAGUUGGCCGAAAGGCUUAAAUAUUUCUGUCAUUAGUGAAACAUUAAGACUCCGUGUAAUAAAAUUGCCCUCUGUGUUAGCCAGAUCUUUGUUUACUACAUAUAAUUGUAGUACAUUUUAUCAUGAUAAGAGUACUAGAAAACCACUAAAACAGUGGGCGUUAGAUAUUAAACCGUUCGGAACUGUGAAAGUGCGGGUGCCUUGUGAGGUGACCAUACGACCUCUUGAUCCUCACCAGUUAGACACAGAAAGGGCAUUUGUCACUAUAUUUGGUGACACAAUUUGCGACCAGACAAUACAUUUCAAUAAUAUAGAGGUAAAGUAUGAUGACGUGCACAAGCAGCUACUGGUCUUUUCGGAUAAAAUUGAUAGCAACACUUCUGUGGCUAUUACUGCGCCAGUCAAAUUUGAUCUGGAUAUUAAAACAACAGGAACUGGAAAUGUUAAUAUCAAGGACAUGGAAAAUGAAAGCUGCAUAGUGGAAACAGAAUACGGAUCUGCCAUUUUAAAUUCAUUAAAGAGUCAGUGUGUUCAUGUGAAGACAAAAGGAGGCAACAUAAUUGGUUUAGGAACAAUUUAUGGAAACACAGAGAUUCAAAGUUCAAGUAAAAGUAGUGUGACUAUAAACAAGCUGCAAGGAUCUACUGUUUCCAUCUGUACUGAAGAUGGACUAUUGAAAACCAAAUACCUUUAUGCAGAAUCCUCCCGUUUGUCUACGGCUUCAGGGAAUGUUGAACUUGGUAGCAUCCAUGGGGAUGUUGCUGUCAAGACCAUUGAAGGAAACAUAAUAAUAGAUUCAUUGGAUGGAUAUCUGAAGGCAUUGACAACUCAUGGUGAUAUAGAUGUUUACAUUAGUCAGCUUGGGAGAGCUGCUCUAAAGUCUUUGAAUGGAUCUGUAACAGUAAAGGUGCCCACUUCACUCCAGGCUUACUUAAAGUUAUCAGGAGUAAAGGUUGAUAUUGACCAGCAGAUCCAUUUAAAGAAUGUUAAUGAAAUGUGUAAAGAUAAGUACAGGAUUGUAACAGGUUGUAUGAAUCAAACAAAAGAGGACAUGGACAGACACAUUUCAGUUGAUGCUUUUAAUGGAACAGUAUAUCUCACAAACCAAAGUUGGUUUGAAUCCCUGAAACCCUGACGAGAAGUACUUUAGAAACAGCCAGCCUGUAGUCAGUGUUUUAAAAUCCAGAUGUUUGCAAUGGCUUUCCCAGCUCUUAUGUGAACUUUGUUGUGGUUAUAUCAAGAUGUGUACUAUUAUUUAAGUCAUGUUUAAUUAAUUUUGACAAAUGUAUUUGGCUAUGGCGUUGGUUUCAUUUUCUAAAUCUUUAUGAAACGUGGUUUUCUGAAGGAAAGGCAGGUUCUUCUGUAGCAAUAAUACCACCCUUAAAGUGGAAAAGCUUGCUGAUGUGAUCAUUCCACUGAUGAUUAUGUAAACAUGUUUCUUUAAUACACACACUGGUAAGAUGUGGUGCCUUUUAUAUUUGAGCAUUUAAAGCUAGUUUACUUUUGCCUUGAGCAAAACAUGUAUUCUGUUUAUAGUUUAGGCAAUAUAAAGUUGUGUAGUUUGUCUGAGAGUCAGUAUUUUUGGUACUUUUUUUACAAACUGACAAAAGUCUAGCUUCUUUAACAGUUAAUUGUUAGUAAAUUUAUUUUGCUGAAGUGAGAAAAUAUGAGUGUUUGUAGCACUGACCACUCCACGUUUUAACUAUUUUAAGUAAACUCUUGCAAGGCAUUGA